AUGGCUUCCCACGGCGCAACAAUUCGCCACGCAACCCGCGAAGACGUCCCCACGAUACUCGGCCUCAUCCAAGAACUAGCCGAAUACGAGAAAUCAUCGUCCUCCGUCAAAGCAACCGAAGAAUCUCUUCUGAAAACCCUCUCCCAUGCUGAUCCCUCUGAUCCCUCCAAGUUCUCGCAAGGCUUCGCAAAGACUCUCCUACUCGUCGACCCAGACAAUACAAUAGCUGGCAUGGCUCUCUACUACUACAGCUACAGCACAUGGACCGGCGUGCCGGGCAUCUACCUGGAAGACCUCUUCGUCAAACCCGCAUAUCGCAAGAAGGGCUAUGGCAAGGCGCUGCUACAAGAACUAGCGAGAGAAGUACUAAAGGUUGGCGGCAAGAGACUCGAGUGGAGUUGUUUAAAUUGGAACGAGCCGAGUCUGCAGUUCUAUCAAAGCGAGGCCAUUGGCGCAAAGAAGAAGACGGAGUGGGAGGGCUUGCGGGUGGAAGGAGAGGCACUGGACAGGCUUGCAAGGGUAUAG